UUUUACUGUGUUUAUAUAGAUUAAAAAUCUUCCACUGUGCAGAGGAUUUCUUUUUAAAAUAUCCCUUCCUUCAAGGUUAGAGCUAGUUUUUGCAAUGACAUGAAGUUUCAGUGCAAAAUGCUGCCCAGUUAUAAACGUUUGGCUUAAUUAAAAAUCACAAGGAAAUAUUAACAAAUGGCCUUUCUUUUCUACCCCAUUAGAUUUUUCUAUUCCAUAAGAUUUCUUGUGACCUUGAGCAAACACCAUCAAACAAUAUAACGCUAUUCAUUCUUUGAAUUCUUUAUCAACUCUUUUUUUAACUUUCAUUCUAAGCAGUCUCACAUAAAAAAUCUUGCCCAGAAAGAAGUGUAACAAGUGCUUUAUGGAUAUGGCAGUCACUUGGGUUUCAGAUGUACCUGUGCAGUUACCAGUAAAUUUAAUUUCUUUAGUAACUCACAUAUAGCAAUGAGAACCGUGAACUUCUCUUUUCAAAAAUAUUACCAUAUCUUUUAUGUUAUAUCCUGGGGCUCUGAAGGCCUAAAAGAUCAAAUGCUUUGAUGUAUCUGCACUUAAGAUAUGAGUUGUAGCCUUUCUGCAGAAGGAUAACUUGGUGAAGUUUAAGUUAUCAGUCUGUAGUUUCCAACAUCAUACAUCUUCUAUUUGCCAGGGGGAAAUCAGGAAUUUGAAUGAUACUUUAGAUGUUACGUGCACACAUCUGAUGUUAUCUGUUCUACCCCUUCUACCUGAUAUUCAGCUUGUAGUUAAUUGAAGAACCAUAAGCUUUGUUCUGUCUUGAAGCAUGCUCUUGAUUUGAAAGCUACUAGCUUUGGUCUUGCUGUUACAAUACAAAAGCUAGUAUUGCCAGCAUCUGUACAUGUCCUUAAAGCCAUGGCAGGCCAGUGACAAGAUGCAAGAGAUAAAUGCUACCUGAAGCAUCGCAGCUGUGGGAAAGCCUGGUGACAGAAGGAAGCCCAAUUAAGUCAUAGAUAUAAGUGAUUGCAAUCAAGAUACACAAUCCUAUUUUCUGAUCCAGAUAGAACUCAUUUUAUCUGGAGCAGAAAUGUGACCUAAGUUAAUUUAAUUACAUUUCUAUUUCAAACAUCCAGAGGAAAAAACAUCCUUGUAUGUUUCUAGGCUGUUAUCUAUUAAGAGGUUGUUUCAGUGACAACAGUAUUUCAGUUGCAGUUCUUUGCCUAAGAUGUGUGUGCGCUUCUUGGCUUCUAAGUCUGAACUUUUCACAGCGAAUGAGUUCUUUCUGAUGCAUGACCUUAAGUCUGUGUUGGUAAUGGGUUCCAAAAAUACACAAAGGCUGUCCCGCUUGAUUCAGCUCCACAGAACAGAAGCGGUGAUGGAAAUCUUUGCUGUUUAUUUUCACAGUGUUCCUUUAAAACAUCCAUUAACUGUUUUAAAAGUACUCUAAUGGAUGGCUGUAAGUUAUCAUUUCCUUUUACUGGAGUUAGUGAGGGAAGAACAGCCUCAUGGUUACCACUUAAUAUAUCUUUAUUAAGCUUUUUUUUUUUUUUUUCUUUUUUCUUUUUUUUUUAAAGCAGCAGAAUUCCUGAAAUAUCUGAAGUCACUGAAGGUCACAGCAACGUUUGCACACAGUAAACUUCGGAGUGCUAUUUAGAGUGGACUUAAGGAAACGCAGUGGUUAGGACAGCAGCGUUGCAGCUCAGCAGCAAGGAACGUGGGUUGUAACAAAACCUGUUCAAUGUAUUUUAGUAGUCAUAAUGGUGGUUCAUUAUCUUGUAGGCAAAAUUUGAAGAUAGGGAGUGGAUACACACUGUACAAUGCACUUGUUAUAUGCAAUGGUAGGUGUUAGAAGAGAUACAAGUUUGUGUUGCAGUUUUCCAUCCUAAAAAAAGAUAAAAGUUGUUUGGAAACAUGGAAGGAAGGACUAUAGUAAUUAAAGAACACUCUCGUGUGUCUUUUUUCCAAACCAGGAAGACUUUACAGGAACUGAAAUAAGAGCGCUUUGUACUGGCAGCGCAGCCCUGAUUGGUGCAGCUUGUGGCUGUUACACAGAUGUGCUUGGCAGCACCGUAUGUACGUUUGUACUUCAAGUUUUCACCAUUGCAUCUGUGUCUGUCCUGACUGGAGCGCUCGUUGAGGCCACUGCACUUUUCUCUUACAUGUUAGUAGUUUAACAUACUGUCAUUUUAAUACACACUGUGUAGGGAGUGAGGAAAAAAGAUUCAAAUUCAGUUAACACACCACAAGUUUAAUUUUGCUAUUUCAAUCUAUUUUCCUCUUGCUGUUAAUAUCAAAGUCCCAUCCCUGCUACAGGACUAAAGGAAAAAGAACAUACUUCCAGUUUGCUGCUGUUAUUUCUCAGCAAAAAUCUGCUUCUUCCACAGUACUGCGUGUGGAGAAGCUUUACAACUUAAUGAAGCGUCGUAUCUUCAAUCUUCUACAAUUUGAGAGUCUGGGGGAAGCGAAGAGGUUUUCUCCUUCACUUGAAAUAAACCUGAGCGGUCUUAGCUCCAACACACGGUCCCCAUCCAGGCGAAACGCAGGUCUCUCCCCCCUGCCCGCUGACGGGUGUGCUUCGCAGGAGGAAACCGCGCACUGAGCGUGCCAGCCUGCUUUGCAGCUCCUCAGCGCUGCGCACGGGGAGGUGGGCCCUUGGAGCGCCUUGGAGUUUGAGGCAGUGCCUGAUUGGGAGACGAGGGGAGACUCCUCAGGAGCCCGGUGCAUCAAUGAGCUGCUGCAGGAAGGCUGAGCUCGGCUCACUCGGGCAUGAGGACAGUUGGUGGCCGCUGUCUGGCAAAGCAGGACGGAGAUGGACAGAACCCUGGAGUCUUUGCAGCUGGUGAUUGCCCGAGUCCUGCCUCACAGAGACCCUACCCUGGUGUUUAAGGACUUGAAUGUUGUAGCAAUAUUGCAAGAGUUCUGGGAAAGCAAACAGAAGUCGGCUGUACUUCCAAGUGAAGGCAUCAUUGUGUAUGAGUCACUGAGCAGCCUGGGCCCGCCAUUUGUGAGUUAUGUUACCUUGCCUGGAGGAAGUUGCUUUGGUAACUUUCAGAGCUGCUUAAGCAGAGCAGAGGCAAGGCGAGAUGCUGCAAAAGUGGCUCUGAUCAACUCUCUCUUCAAUGAAUUGCCCUGCCGCAGAAUCACGAAGGAAUUCAUCAUGGAAAGUGUUCAGGAGGCUGUUUCUUCAACAAGUGGUAACCUGAAGGAUGCUGAUGACCCCAGCACUAGUAUUGGAGCUUAUCAUUACAUGCUGGAGUCAAACAUUGGAAAGACAAUGCUGGAAUUUCAGGAGCUGAUGAUUGUCUUUCAGCUUCUGCAUUGGAAUGGAAGCCUUAAAGCCCUACGGAAAACAAAGUGCUCCCGGCAGGAAGUAAUUUCCUACUACUCCCAGUGUUCCUUAGAUGAAAAGAUGAGAAGUCACAUGGCCCUGGACUGGAUUACGAAGGAGAAAGAAUCUCCAGGAAUUAUUUCCCAAGAGCUGCAAGUGGCACUGAGGGAACUGGAAGAAGUCAGGAAAGCUGGGCAUGAACUGAGGUUCUACAAAGAAAAGAAAGAAAUACUGAGCUUAGCACUGAGUCAGAUCUACAGUGAUCAAGUUACCACUUCCUCAUGGGAAAAUCAAAUGAGCUUGGCCCUACAUGGCUACCGCUAAAUUUGAAGAUGUUUUAACAUGCCAGGCUAGGUUAAAAAUACUCUCCAUGUAAGUUGUUAGCUUUCUUUUCCAUAGGUGUUUUAAUUUCUGUAUCUAAAAGCACUUUUUUUUUCUUUUUUUUUUUUUUUAAUUAUUAUUUUUAUUUCAGUGGCUAGAAAUAUUCUUCAGGUCAAGCUAAAGCUGCCAUGAAACAUUUGAUGUAGCACUGGUACUAAGGUAUGUGUGAAACCUAAAUGGAGACAAAGCACAAAAGCUUUUAUGGUACUCUGAAGAUUGAACUUGAUAUGGUGACCUGGAUUUUGUUUUCCACAUGAAGACUAUAUCUUCUCUGUUGAAGACAUAAAAAUUGUCUUCACAAACCUACGAACUACCAGCAGUAAAAGACAAAAAGGGUAGUUCAAACCUGCACUGGUGCUUGGUUACUCCCAGACUUCUUCACAGCAUGUGUUUCCUCCUGUCAGGUGCUACUGCUGAAGUUCAUUGUGUUUUUCAAAGGGUAUAAAGAACCUUUCAAGCAAAAAAAAACCUACAGCGCUAAACAAGUUCUCCAGAUUCAAGGUGCUUUACCUCUGUUGCAGCCAACAAGAUUUCAGAAAUCUAUGGGAACAUAAGGAUGAGCAGAAGUUAUUCACUGGCCAUCGGUAUGGCUGUGUGAUAAAAGUCUUCUAGUUAGACUUUAUAUACCUUUGCUUGCACUUCAGCAAAUGCCUACUGAGGUUCAAGAUCUUUCUCUUGCUGACUGUCAGCACAAUUCCACUACUAGAAGCUACUGUCUGUAAAGCAAAGUAGGCAGCAUAAGUCUGAUGAGUCACACACUCAUAAUAACCAGCAUGCCAUUUUAGCUGAAUGUGACAGCAGGAAGGUGUUAAGAUGCUGGUCAAUGAACUUGAACACAUGUCUCCAUAGUUCUGUUUCCUGGUAAUUUCUGCCAGAAGAAUGGACAUUUAGCAUAGCUGUAGUUUAAAUCAAUUCAGUAACCUCAGUAGUAUCUCUUGGCAUAAGUACAAUUUGCUUUAAACAUAAUGUAUUUCUACAUAAGAGAGACACACAGUUCAGUUGGAGGAAAAGCAGGCUGGGGAAAAUUCAUUUUAAUUCCUUAAGAAAUGGAUACCCAACAGUGUCACACAUUUUAUAUAAAAAAGACAGGAGAAUAGGUUAGCAGUAAUAACCAUGUUGCAAAACCAUGCACACCACUGCUAGACAGUGUGGGACACAGCCUUACUGCAGGGACAGACAACUGUGACCUGUAAAGAUUCUUGUACUGUAUAGGGAAAGGUGUGGGAUAGCUGUAAAUUAUAGAUGGUCAUACAGGGAGAACCAAGCUGCCCUUAGAGCUUAGCUAUAGCAAGCACAGUGAUUUGAAGAAUUAAUUACACAAAGUAUUCUGUUAAUGCUUGCUUGCAACACCACAGUAGCUUUUAGAUGUUGUGGAUGGUAAGUGGGAUGUAGAAUUGUAGAAAGAGAGAUACAUUGUAAGACUGUUCUGCUUUAACAAGGCAGAAGAAACAACAGACGAAACCGCACCUGUUUAGUGGAGUCCUUAUAAGCCACACAUACCAGGCAGAAUUUGCCUAAAAUUGUGACAGACUGCAUCAAGACAUUCUCCUUUGUCUUCUUACCUGUGUGUGAAGAGACUUUUCCAAUUGCCUUUGCAUUCCACAGUAAUCUUUGGGACAAAAGGAAUAUUUGGAGGAAGUAAACAACAUACCCUAAGGACAGUGACAUUGAAGAUGGCCAAAUAAGGCCAUAUCUGUUAGUCAGUCAUUGGGCGUGGAUAGGAUAAUGAAUUUGGGAGUGUAAGGGAUAUGUAAUUCAGGUGGAGCAUACUUGGAGAGCUACCUGAUGCUAUCCCAGCACUGCCAAUAAAGAAUACCUUGCUUAAUCAUAACAAAGCUUCGCUGUUAAGUUUCUACACAUCAAUUUCUUCCAAUCACCAGCUUGAAAAGAAAAAUAAGUAGCACAGAAUUUUGGAAAGCUGUGGUGAGGUUGUAAAUGAAGAACAACAGUUGUGGGUUUGUAAUCUUUUUUCUUUUUUUUUUUUUUUUUUUUUUUUUUUUUAAUUCUUAUCUGCUGAAUGUGAAAUUUCCAAGGGAAAGAAAAGAAUGCAGCCUCCCCUUCAGCAUUCUGACAUCUCAGCUCGAACUAGUAGUGGCAUGGACUUCACAAGUCUUGAAUUCUUUCUCUAAGCUCACUGAAAAAGGAAGUAUUUCAGUUCAUUGUAAAAAAUCAACAAAUCCCAUGAGCUUUCUUGUCUUGAAAAAAUAUGAUUAUGUGGAAUGGAAAAUGACUGGGACAGAAGUGAGAUCUUGAGCGAUACACAAGGUUGGAGAAAAGUCUCAUUUUUUAUCUCCUUUCAGGUGCUCAUUUAAAAACUGUACAAAAUUGUAUGGCUCUAUUACUCAAAAAUAUGUUUUCUUAACAGAAAAAGUAAAUUUUGCCUAGCUUUUAAUGUUUUGUUUUCUUUCAGGGCAUUUUAUAUGUGUAACUAUAAAGUGAAAGUAAUUUUCACACUGCAUCAAUAGAUUGUACACAUUCCCUUGUGCAUUUAGGUUGUGUAAUUUAGGCAAUAUUUUGUGUCCCAUCAACAUAGUAUGUAAGCUGUUUAAAACAGUAGGUUGUAGAAAAAGUACUGGAAAAACUUGGAUUGCUUUGAUUUUUGUUUGUUGAUCAGAUGGAGAAAUAAACAAUCACACUCCUGUGGAUUGA